GUUUGAUUGGCGUCGUGUUCUCUGGUAGUCGGCUGCGGGACCAGGACAGACAGCUGAGGGGGGCCUGAAUGUCCAACCGGGACGGUCGGUGGACUACCGCGAACUCACACGCACGAUUCACACAGGUCUUCACAGUUGACUGAUGAGAAGCCAGUAGGACUGCGGUUGGGCUACACCGACUGGCACAGCGGGUCAGCAGUGCCAGACAAGACGAUUGGAGGACAGAAGACAUAGUUGCAGAACUGCUGGUGGUUUACUAGUGGUUAGCCUUAGCAUACUUGUGGCAGCAGGGAGGAAGAAGGAGGGCUUGGCGAUGGUCACGGCUAUGGAGGAUGCCUGUCCCAAUGGGGUACGGGAGGAGGAGGAAGAGAUGACGCCCCCGGGACAGCCUGGCAUGGAGGGCCCCCCGGCCGUGCAGUCCACCCAGGAACCAGAUACGUCUGGAGCCAUGCAGCAGGUGUUGGAUAAUCUGGGUGAGCUUCCCACCUCCACGGGUGCCAAAGACAUCGACCUGCUCUUCCUGCGUGGCAUCAUGGAAAGUCCCAUUGUACGCUCCCUGGCUAAGGCUCACGAACAGCUGGAGGAAGUGAAGCUGGAGGCAGUGCAGGACAACAAUGUGGAGCUGGUGACGGAGAUCCUGGGCGACAUCAGCAAUCUCAAGGUUAAAGAUGACAGCGCGGCCGAACUGUCCAGGAUUCUUAAGGAGCCACACUUUCAGUCUCUUCUGGAGGCACAUGACAUGGUGGCCUCUAAGUGCUACGAAGUCCCGCCCCCGACUGAGACGGCCAAUGAUGCAGCGGUGAACAGCGCUCUGAUGCAGGCCGAUGCUGUGCGCAUGAUUGGCAUCCGAAAGAAGGCCGGAGAGCCACUGGGCGUGACAUUUCGCGUAGAGAAAGACGACCUGGUCAUUGCUAGGAUCCUUCACGGCGGCAUGAUUGACAGACAGGGUCUGCUCCACGUGGGCGACAUCAUAAAGGAGGUGAACGGGAAGGAUGUAGGCAACAACCCCACCGAGCUGCAGGAGAUGCUCAAAGACUGCAGCGGAGGGAUCACACUGAAAAUACUCCCGAGCUACCGAGACGCUCCUGCACCUCCACAGGUGUAUGUGCGGCCGUACUUUGACUACAACCCAGCCAAUGACAACCUGAUCCCGUGUCGAGAGGCGGGGAUGGCCUUCAAGAAAGGCGACAUCCUUCAGAUUGUCAACAGAGAGGACCCCAACUGGUGGCAGGCAUGCCAAGUGGUCGGUGGAGCUACGGGACUGAUACCUAGUCAGUUCUUAGAAGAGAAGAGGAAAGCCUUUGUCCCUCGAGACUUUGAUGGAUCAGGGAUCCUUUGUGGAACCAUAGCUGGAAAAAAGAAGAAGAAGAUGAUGUAUCUGACGGCCAAGAAUGCAGAGUUUGACAGACAUGAGCUGCAGAUCUAUGAGGAAGUGGCAAAGGUGCCAGCAUUCCAGAGAAAGACGCUGGUCCUGAUAGGUGCUCAGGGCGUGGGCCGACGCAGCCUGAAGAACAGACUGAUGGUGCUCCAUCCCACGCGCUUUGGCACCACUAUACCAUACACUUCAAGGCGGCCCCGGGACGAUGAGCUGGUGGGCAACUCCUACCACUUCACUUCAAGGACAGAGAUGGAGGUAGACGUGAAGGCCGGUAGGUUCCUGGAGCAUGGCGAGUACGACGGUAACCUUUAUGGCACCAAGAUUGAGUCCAUCCAUGAGGUGGUGGCCACAGGACGCACCUGCAUCCUGGAUGUCAACCCUCAGGCUCUGAAGGUACUGAAAACUGCGGAGUUCAUGCCUUACGUGGUGUUCAUUGCAGCGCCCGAUUUUGAGACUCUGAAGGGCAUGCACAAAGCUGUGGUGGACGCAGGCAUCACCACUAAGCAACUCACGGAUGUGGACCUGAGGAAGACGGUGGAUGAGAGUGCCCGGAUCCAGAGGGCUUACAGCCACUACUUUGACCUGACCAUCAUCAACGACAACCUGGACAAGGCCUUCGAGACGUUACAGGCUGCCGUGGACAAACUGUGCAGUGAACCCCAGUGGGUCCCGGUGAACUGGGUGUACUGAGAACCAGCUACAGUCUGAGCGGGCCACACAGUGAUCCACCAGCAUGUGUGUGUGUGUGUGUGUUUCUGACCACAAAGGCCAAAGAGGAUAAGAGGGCAGAGAUACUAAAUAGUAAUUAAAAAAACAUCUCUAAUUGCUCUUCCUCCUUUUGGGCCUGCACGCCAUGCAACUUUUUUUCUACUCAGAACUCAAAGGGAAAGAGUGCUUAUUUAUUUUAUAACUUUUUAUGAAAGAUCUUUCUAUUCAAUGUGGAAUUCCAGUGAGAAUGAAACAAAGAAAAUUUGGUCACAUUACAUGGACCAUAUUUUUACAUUAAUUUAUUGUCUUAGUUACACAUCUUAUUUUGUUGUCAUUUCCCUUGAUUUCAAGUGUUUUUGUCAGUUUUUCUUCAUGGACACCCAGGAUUUAUGAUCACCAUCCGAGCUUCCGAUAUAAAGACAAGGAAAGGAGAUGGAUUGGAGGAUCUUUGAGCGGUCAUCGUCCAAGAAACCUGUCAGGGUCACACAUCAUCGCUAUGUCUGAGCAACCUGUGUAGCUGUUUUAUUUUCACUUCCAUGCAACUUUAGUGUUUUGAAGUAGCUGCCCCUAAACUCUUCUGUCAGUGUCUUCCACAGGAUCAACUGGGCAGAAAUAAAGACGUUAGAAGGCCCGUUUGUGCACAACUCCUCCAGUAUGUACAAGACAAACAACUUUAUAAUGUACUUUUCCAAGAUCACUGAACACUGUGUCCGUUAUUUUUGUCCAGUCUUGUGUACUUAUACUAAGUUAUUCAUCAGUGUGGUGAUUUAUAGUGUAGUGUUUGUCACACGUGAUCCUUUUGAUUUUUUAUAAUCCUGUUAUCAGCCUGUCUGUCUGGAGUAUGACCAUCAACACUGUCAUCUUUACUGUCUUGUAAACCAAUUUGUUAAUGUUUUAUAUAUGUGAAUGUGGCACAAACUCACUCCCUCCGUAUGGUCCUAAUCUUCAGUGUUGCAGUAUGCCAAAGCCCUGAUCAUACUCCAAAUAAAGUUUAAAAAUGUUAAGUCUGAUUGGUAUUUCAACUACAGGUUGUAAUAUAAAUGUAUAAUUUAACAAAUGACGUUGGGUGGUAAAUGCAUCUAGCAGAGCAAAAGGUGAAACUAGUACAAGUUUGUCUUAAACUUUGUAAAUCACGUAAACAUAUUUCAAAGAAUGCCAUUUAAAGUGUUCUGAAACCUGUCUUGAACUUCAGGAAAUACAUUUAAAACCCUGAUGAAUUACCUUCAAGUUUUAGAGAAUGAGCCCGACUGCCUGUUGAAAUGGUUUCACAUCAACCUCAUGUCCAGAGAUUUGUUUUUACAUUUUAACUGCAAAGUUAUGACAAAUAAACUUUAAUAAACCUCA